GCGAUCGCGCUGGCGGAUGGACGGAGGAGAAGAACGAGGACGAGCUGCCGAGGAAGCGGAGUGGGAACGAUAACUACGAAAUAUCCAAUUAUUCAAUCGCCUCCCCAAGUCGGUCCGGUUUAAUCGUCGCGGUCGUCCACGGUUUCACGGCUUAGAAACGCACCGUUUUCGACCGAGACGACUGCUUUGCUCGCGAUACGCGGAUAUCUUUCUAGUCCUCGUUACAAUCGCGAAACCGCGUCGAAAGAAACGAGAGAACUAUGGAUCGGGCUGACGACACAGCCACCCAUCGAUCCUUCGAUCCGAUCGAUUUCGCUGUGUUCGCCGGGAUGCUGGGAAUCUCUACUGUGAUCGGAGUCUAUCAGGCGUACAAGUCGAGGAAAACCACCGACGCGGUUGGAGAAUAUUUAUUGGGCGGGCAGAAGAUGUCCAUCUUUCCCAUAAGCAUGUCUCUGAUUGCCAGCUACAUAUCGGGAAUAGCGAUCCUCGGUCUGCCCGCCGAAAUGUACGUCUACGGUACGCAAUACUGGAGCAUCCUCUUCGCCGAUCUGUGCGUCCCCGUAACAAUGGCCGUCGUCUAUCUGCCCGUCUUCUACGGUCUUGGGAUCACUUCUUCCUACGAGUACUUAAAUCUGAGGUUCAACAACGCGGUUCGAUUGACGGGCUCGGUGAUAUUUUUGAUAAAAAUGGUAAAUAAAAAAGCCUCGUCUCGAACGAACAACGCCUCGAACACCCACAUGUGUGUUUCUCGCUUUCCAGCUACUCUAUAUACCGCUGGUGAUAUACGUCCCCGCGCUGGCGUUCAAUCAAGUGACAGGAAUGAACCUCCACGCGACGGCCCUGUUGGUCUGUGCCGUCUGCAUAUUCUACACUACUUUGGUGAGAGGAAUGCGAAGAAACGCCGAUCUUCCGAGCCCCUAUACACUCGAGACAUCCCCCUCGCGCUCGGCGUUCGCGCGCCAGACGACACACGAUGCAUUUUACAGGGCGGAUUGAAGGCGGUCGUGUGGACGGACGCUAUCCAGACGAUCGUGAUGUUCGGGGGCGUGAUGGUCGUCGCUACACUCGGUACGAUGCGUAUAGGUGGAAUCGAACGGGUCUGGGAAAGAAAUCGCGACACAGGGAGAAUCGAAUUCUUCAACAUGAACCCGGACCCAACAGCUCGACACACGUUCUGGACAGUGGCUGUCGGUGGCUACUUGAAUUGGUUGGCAAAUUGCUCGGUGAAUCAGUCGAUGGUGCAACGAUGCCUCUCUAUGCCUAACCUCAAAAAGGCUAACGCAACGAUCGUGAUAAUGACCAUCGGCAUAAUAAUCAUAGUCUCGUUGAGUUGCUACACCGGUCUCGUCAUUUUCGCGGCGUUUUACGACUGCGAUCCCGUCACCACCAAGCGAAUAAGGAAACCGGACCAACUGCUGCCGUAUUUCGUGAUGGAGAUGACCGGAUCGAUCCCCGGGCUACCAGGACUCUUCGUCGCGGGUGUGUUCAGCGCCGCGUUAAGUACCAUGUCCACGGGAUUGAAUUCUAUGUCCGGAGUGAUAUACGGGGACAUGAUUAAACCGUGGUUCCGCAACCCCGUCUCGGAAGUAACGGCCAGUCGAACGAUGCAGGGGAUCGUGGUCGUGAUCGGUGCUAUCUGCGUAGGGCUUGUUUUCCUCGUCGAGAAACUCACUGGACUCAUACAGGCUUGCAGGAGUUUAUCAGGGAUAACAGCGGGACCUUUGCUCGGAAUGUUCACCCUAGGCAUGUUCUUUCCGUUUGCAAACUCCGCGGGGGCGCUGGUGGGUGGACUGGUCAGUCUGAACCUCGUCGCCUGGAUCUCGUUUGGUACCCAAGCAGCAAUCUCUACGGGGGAUAUAAACUAUUCCGUCAAGCCGAUAUCCAUCGACGGAUGUCCGGAUGCGCUCAAAAACCGCGUCAACAAUCUUACCCUAAUCGCUGAAAAUGCGACGUCCGAGCAACUCUUUUUCCUAUAUAGAAUGUCCUACCUCUGGUACACGUGGGUCGGAUUUCUAACCGCGAUUAUCCUCGGUGUUCUCGUCUCUUGGAUCACCGGUGGGAACGUGCCCAAAUCGGGCGACGAGAAAUUAUACACUCCGAUGGUACGCGGUUUUCUACGUUCAAAACUUUCGGCCACGAAUCGACAGGACUCCAUGCAGCUGGCCAAAAUCGAAACGACCGCUUCGAACGGCUCUGAACUCGUCGCAUCGCGCGCGGGAAGGAAAGGAAGGGAGAAAUGAAUACGCACAGUCGUUUGAAAACAUCCAACCAUUAUAUGUAUUUUCAAAU